CCUCGGACGUAUUUUUCGGUCUGUCCUUGCACCGGUGGCUUUUUCUAUCUGACACCURCAGCAAUGAAAAAGAUUCAUUGGCUGACUGCUUCAACGCAACGACUGCAGAAGGAUGUCAACACCAUCUUGUUCCUCUCGGAAUGAAGAACAAAAGUUCUGGCCGGAUGAAGAAAACGAGAAACAACAUGUACCGACUGAAGAAAAAUAGAAAAUACAGAAUCAAUCAACCACCAUGCCACUUGGGUAGACGGGRAUUGGGCACAGAAUUCAGGUAUACCAAACAAUUCCAUCACGCCAAAAGAUUCUAGAACGCUAUUGCAAUGGUCGACGGAACAUUCCGCCGUCUGCUGGUCACYGGGAUGCUGGGUUUCUCGUCGUCAUUUUUGUUCCGAGACAACUUGUCUCAUCCGGGUMCAAAGAUACCAGUUUCCAAAACAACGAAAAARCGAGCCGCAAACAAUGGGGUUUUGUAUGUUCUUGCCGAUUUCACGGAUAUAGACUCGGCUUCGAGUACGCAACAACACAAUKCUUACUCUCUGAGGGAAAAGACCGCAACGGACAGCAAUGACAAGAGCGACACGAAGAAUACCCUGACCUUUCGAUCGUCCUUCCAGCGACAGUCGAACCCGCUGGCGAAAUCCUUUCGACCCGAGGCGCUCGACGAGUUUUUYCUGGACCCGGAUCACCUGCUGAGCGCGGGAAAAUCGGUUCACUCCGAGAUCGUCCCGACGACCCACGAUCUCUUUCGGGAAUGGGAAGCGGCGUGUGACCACGCCGGGGCGUCCCCGCCGAGCGCCGACCACGGUGUGGUGAUGACGGUCCGAACGGCCGGCAUCUCGAUCCCGGGGCUCUCCGUGGAAUGGUCCGCGGUGGUGGGCACGAAUCUCGUGCACCGGGGUCGGCGUGAGGGGGGACAACCGCACCAGCGAUUUCCCGAACUGGAAUUCGUGUUGAUCAAGGACGAAAACAAGGUGUCCAGUGGUGCAAAGCCCAUUGUGUGGAUAUUCAACAAGCUGACYAGGGCCAGGAAAACCAAUGCAUCCCGAGACGAAGGAAAACGAGGGAGCAGCGGCACAAGGAACACGAMGCUCUUCACGCGGCUCGGGGUUUACAAAAACGACGACGAUUCCGAUAGCUGGGUGAUUCGGUGUGCCGGAACGAUGGAAAUGAAGUUUCGGAUACCCUCCCUGGUGGGAAACUUGGUCUUCUCGUCCGAUGCCGAGUCGCAAAAGGCCGAUGUAGAACGCAAAAUAAGCAAUCUCAUCACGCGGCAAAUCGAAAAGGACACGGAACAAAAUGUUAUGAGAUGGGAAGAAAAUUUUCGGUCGUGGACAUCCAGUGCCGAAGAACACAKAGGGGAAGAAUAAUGGAGUGAGUCGCCAAAUCCAGUCACUAAUUUACCUAC